UUAUUAUUAUUAUUAUUAUUAUUAUUAUUAUUUUAUUUAAUGUGUUUAUUUUGGUUAAAAAAACAAAACCCUUAACACCUCUGAAAUCGGGGAGACGGCUGGGACUUGAGUGAUGGUGCUUUAUGAGCUUUUACCCUCUCGUGGUUUUCUAGCAACACUGGAAUAUAUUUUUUUAUCGUUUUAAAAUGAAAGUUUAAAUGACACGACUGUUUGGGAGUCAAAACGGUGUCUAAUAACACUGUUCUGAUUUAAAGGACGACUUGUAUCUGUUGAGGACCAGCUGCGCUGAGAAGACUUUAGCGGAACGAUGCAACUGCGUUCUUCCAAAACACACUGACAGAAUCAGAACUCCGAAGCUGAAUCGCUCCUACUUCUGUUCCUUUUGUUGUUGUGUGUGUGUGUGUGUGUUUUUUUUUUGUUUGUUUGUUUUGUUUUCCGUUCUUGUGGCUAAAUAUAUAAUUUUAGAGAUAACUCACACUUGAAGUCGUGUCUGGUAAAACAUCAGCAUGUUCUUACUAGCCUUUUACACGGAAUAAAGCGUUUUACUUACCCCUUUUCUGUGGGUACACCCAAAUUCGGGAAAUAUAUAAAUGGGUGACUACCUGAAGAACUAACCCCGAAGAGAAAAUGCGGAUAAAACAGUUCAUAGCACUAAGUUCAAUGCCUGGCUCUAGACGAGGUGGCCCUGCUGGAUGUCAUGCUUGGAUUCUACUAGCGAUGAUUCACCUUACCAUGGACUUCUGCUCCUGUAGCCCUGUAACUCAAGGCUCAGGACUCAAACUCAUAUCAAGGUCUUUGCCCCGGCACAGGCUGCCUCACAGCCCCCUGUGGAACUUACAGAACGCGCACCACUGGAGAGCCCUCAGUCCUUGGUGGAAUAGAGCUCUUCGUCCUGAGCUGCUGCACCACAGGAAAGAGGAGCAGGCACCAACACAGAGGAGUCAUAAGCACAGAGGAUCGUUACUUAAAGUCCUUCUUUGUAAAGAAUGCCAGCCUAAAUAUUCUUCUAGUAGAAACGCAGACCCUUUGGUUUCUCUUCCAGCCAGAAACUCAGCUCAAGUGACCUUUUUGAAAAGGCCCAGGAGGCAAGUCAGCAGCGUGUGGGAUAGUUAUGACUAUACCCCGGAAGGGUGGACAACAACAGUGCCUGAAUUUAUAGAGUGGGGACCGACCGGGGAAGAUGACACAGGCAUGGGGGAGGAUAAGCAGGAGCACAAGACAAACAGAGGGGCCCCAAACUCCACUACGUUUAGAAGAACCACAACCACCACCACUGCUUCUAUGACUACAACCAAACAGUCCUCGGUCACAACAAAAAUGAGUCAUGCAGUGAUCACAAUCUUCCCAGGGAAACAGAUGACAACGGAGUCCAGGCAUGUCCGAGUAAUUAGCGAGACAGCUAGACCGCCCAAGCAACCUAUAGACACAGCAGGCCUGGCAGUUCACCAGAUUAUCACAAUCACGGUUUCUCUUAUCAUGGUCAUCGCAGCUCUGAUAACAACACUGGUCCUAAAGAACUGCUGUGCACAGAGUGGAAACGGACGACGCAGCAACCACCAGCGAAAGACUAACCAGCAAGAGGAAAGCUGUCAGAAUUUAACUGAUUUCACACCUGCCCGAGUUCCCAGCAACAUGGACAUCUUCACGGCCUACAACGAGAGCCUGCAGUGCUCCCAUGAGUGUGUGAGGACAGCAGUGCCGGUCUACACAGACGAAAUGCUACAACAGACCCCUGUGUACAAGACAACCUUUAAUGGAAAUAGACCCUCGCCUGCUGAACGGCAGCUUAUCCCAGUGGCCUUUGUGUCUGAGAAAUGGUUUGAAAUCUCCUGCUGACUGGCCGAAGUCCCUUUACUUCCUGUGGGCGGGGCAAACUACAUGUUUCUGUUUCCUGGUACGUACAGCUAUUCAUACAUUUUCUUACCCAACCCAACCCCAUCCACCAUUUCCAAGCCGUCUCCAUGCAUUCAGAACACUCUGACACUAAGCAGGGAAUCCUUUUUCUUUUAGCCCCUGAUAUACCUCUCUCCAUUGAUUCUGUAUGUUCAAAAAAUAAUACGUUCCCUUCGCAUGCAUAUAGACCAGGCAUUCAUAAUAAGAACAGGUUGCUUCCCUUUAGGGGGAGAAACCAAGCUGUAUGAGAUGCUGAAAUAGGCAGAGUCUGCAGUCAUUAAACUUGGAAUGCAUUGAU